GUUAGGUGGGUAGAGAGAGAAAGGGAGAACUCUUUUAUUUGUGGAAUCCCUAGACAGAGAACGUCCAGAGAGAGAGAGGAGAGAGAGAGAGACAGAGAGCACCUUCAAAAUUGCAGCUGCUCAUCUCCGAAUCCUUUGUUCAAUUAUUUGAGAGCUUCCAUUUCAGCAGAGGGUCCUAUUAGCAGUCAAAGGAAAGAUGUUGGGUGUCAUCAGACAUAAAGCUCUCUCGGGAGGUGUUGUUUCUUCUUUGGCCAAUGGGCAAUCAAUGCAAAGGAUCAUACCUGGAAUUGGUUUUCUAUCAAAAAGUUUUUCCAGUGGUGCCAAAGAGAUGACAGUGCGAGAGGCUCUAAACUCUGCACUUGAUGAGGAAAUGUCUGCUGAUCCAAAAGUGUUUUUGAUGGGUGAAGAGGUUGGAGAGUACCAAGGGGCUUACAAGAUCAGCAAAGGUCUUUUAGAGAAGUAUGGUCCUGAGAGGGUUCUUGACACUCCAAUUACUGAGGCUGGGUUUACUGGUAUUGGUAUUGGUGCGGCUUAUUAUGGACUUCGACCGGUGGUAGAGUUUAUGACAUUCAACUUCUCCAUGCAGGCUAUUGACCACAUUAUCAAUUCUGCUGCAAAAUCAAAUUACAUGUCUGCUGGUCAAUUAUCUGUACCUAUGGUCUUCAGAGGGCCCAACGGUGCAGCUGCUGGAGUUGGUGCUCAACACUCACAGUGCUAUGCAUCUUGGUAUGCUUCCUGUCCAGGCUUAAAAGUGUUGUCUCCUUACUCCUCGGAGGAUGCUCGAGGCCUGUUGAAAGCUGCUAUUAGAGACCCAGAUCCCGUUGUUUUCCUUGAAAAUGAGCUACUGUAUGGUGAAUCGUUUCCUGUAUCUGCAGAAGCUCUGGAUUCCAGUUUUACCCUUCCAAUUGGGAAGGCGAAGAUAGAACGUGAAGGAAAGCAUGUUACUAUUACAGCUUUUUCAAAGAUGGUUGGCUAUGCACUGAAGGCCGCUGAUAUACUUUCCAAGGAAGGAAUUAGUGCUGAGGUCAUAAAUCUCCGGUCAAUAAGGCCAUUAGAUAGAAAUACUAUCAAUGCUUCUGUCAGGAAAACCAAUAGAUUAGUUACUGUGGAGGAAGGAUUCCCACAACAUGGAGUUGGAGCUGAAAUUUGCACCUCAGUCAUUGAGGAAAGCUUCGAGUACCUCGAUGCCCCUGUGGAGAGAAUUGCAGGGGCUGAUGUUCCCAUGCCUUAUGCAGCAAAUCUAGAGAGGAUGGCUGUUCCUCAGAUUGAGGAUAUUGUCCGUGCAGCAAAGCGGGCAUGCUACAGAUCUGUUCCCAUGGCUGCAGCUGCUUAAACUCGAAACGUUGGCCAUUCUUUGAUUGCUUGUUGCUUUUUGGGGAAUCAAAUUUGAUCAGGCGCCAUCUUUGAAUUAUGCAAAAAAAGAAAAAGAAAAAAAAGGAGAUAAUCCGCCUCUUGGCCUGUACUGGUUUUUGUUUUUCAGGUAGAUGGCUUUUAAGUUUCAGGAAUAUAUAACAUUUGUUUGCUUGAGAAGCAGCAGAGGGAGUUGGGGUGACUCUUGACUUGUAUAUCCUAUGCACAUGGUGGUUUUCAACUUUUACCAUUUUCAUUCAUGGUUCGAUUCUAAUAAAGUUCUAUAUGAUCAUGCUAUUUGGUCUCA